UUGUCCUACCUCGUAAGCAAUUGCUGCUGCUUUUGUUGAAUUUUUUUUGUUUUUUAAACGUGUUUGAUUUGUUUCAAGUAAUGUUGCCCAAGACACCACGUACAGGUAUUUGGAAAUUCAUUAAAGGUGGAGCCAAAACGCUGUUUGUAAUUGAAGCCGUCUGCUUUGCCGCCAGCUACGGUCUCUACUACCGCAUGAACACAGACCGAGAUUUCCGCCGUUACAUUAACGAAAAGUAUCCAUUUGCGCUUGAAUACUACUACCAAAUCGGAGAGCUUAUUGGCGACAAUAAAGCGCGACAGAUAGACGCCAGCUACUGGACCGUUCCAACACCGCAAAUAACAAAACAAGAAUAACUUAUCCAAAUGGCUAGCAAU